GGACAAAGCGCCGCAAGUAAGGUGUGGAUGAUGAUUUAAUUAUUGAAAAAUUGAAAGAGUCUGCUUCUCAUAAUGGAUAUAGCAUAGCAUUGCAUCGUAUAAAAAGGAAUUGAAAUUGGUAACUAAAAGAAUCAUUACAGAGAAAGAAGAUCGUGGAUUGAAGAUGGGUAGCAAAGAGAAAGAGUCAUUAAAGAGGGUUCAUACUCAUGGAGGUAGAUACGUGCAAUACAAUGUUUAUGGAAACUUGUUCGAGGUCUCUUCCAAGUACGUUCCUCCCAUUCGCCCUAUCGGAAGAGGCGCAUACGGCAUCGUUUGUUCUGCCGUUAAUUCCGAUACGCACGAGGAAGUUGCCAUAAAGAAGAUUGGUAACGCGUUUGACAACAUCAUUGACGCUAAACGGACUUUGAGGGAAAUUAAACUCCUUCGCCACUUGGACCAUGAAAAUAUCAUUGCCAUUAAGGAUAUCAUACGACCUCCCAGAAAGGAUACCUUCAAUGAUGUUUACAUUGUUUAUGAAUUGAUGGACACUGAUCUUCAUCAGAUAAUUCGUUCUGACCAACCACUUAACGGUGACCAUUGUCAGUACUUUUUAUAUCAGCUGUUACGGGGGCUGAAAUAUGUGCAUUCAGCCAAUGUCUUGCACCGCGAUCUUAAACCUAGUAAUUUACUUUUGAAUUCGAAUUGUGACCUGAAAAUUGGGGACUUUGGUUUGGCGAGGACGACGUCUGAGGCAGAUUUCAUGACAGAGUAUGUUGUCACUCGAUGGUACCGAGCCCCCGAGUUGCUCCUUAAUUGUUCAGAGUACACCUCUGCCAUUGAUGUUUGGUCUGUUGGAUGCAUAUUUGGGGAAAUUAUGACCAGAGAACCCUUGUUUCCUGGGAAAGAUUAUGUUCAUCAACUAAGGCUUAUAACGGAGUUAAUAGGUUCACCUGACGAUGCCAGCCUUGGAUUUCUGCGAAGUGAAAAUGCAAGAAGAUAUGUUAGACAGCUUCCACAAUACAGGAAGCAAAAUUUCUCUGCCAGAUUCCCAAAUAUGUCUCCUGAGGCAUUGGAUCUACUAGAAAAGAUGCUUAUCUUUGAUCCCAACAGGCGCAUUACAGUUGAUGAAGCACUAUGUCACCCAUAUCUUUCCUCACUUCAUGAUAUCAAUGAUGAACCAGUUGGUUCUACGCCAUUCAGUUUUGAUUUUGAGCAGCCAACAUGCACUGGAGAGCACAUCAAGGAGCUCAUCUGGAGGGAAUCGGUGAAGUACAAUCCAGAUUUACCCGGACAGUAAUUCCUUGUUAUUGGUAUAAAUGAAUCAAGAUAAAAGUUCUUUGGCCUUAAAUACAUACAAUGCGUGUCCAUCAUUAUUUAGAUAAGUUGCUAGGCACAGAAAGUUCCUUUAUUGUAAUUUUGUCCUAAAGCAUCUAAGAUACAAAGGAAAAUGAGCAGUCAUUAGAAAUCUAGUUACAGCAUUCAUACUAGUUAUAAAAGCUGUUGUAUUAAGUGGAAGUUUCCUUAUCGAGGAAUAGGAGUCAGGGCCUGGUGGAGCAACUAUGUAGCAAAAAUGGGGAGUAAAUUGACUAUGUUGCACUGCCAUGAAACUACUUUGGCCAUCUUUGCUGCUUCUAUGGUUAUAAUGGACAUACGGAUUCAUGGCACCAUAUAUACCAUCUAAUCUCAAAACCAAAGGCAACUGUAUCUGUUUGGUGAGAGUAUGCUAUGGUGAGAACAGCUAAACUUGAUUACACAACAGUCCUUUUUGGGAUGAGGCAAAUUUAUUAUAGCAAUCCCUUUU